AUGAAGCCGGCCGGGCCCGCGCUGCUCCUGCCGCCGCUGCUGCUGCUGCUGGGCGCCGGCGGGCGCGCCGAGGUGCUGUUCAGCUGCCCGCCCUGCUCGCCCGAGAGCCUGGCCGCCUGCCCGCCGCCGGCGCCCGACAACGCGCGGCCCUGCGUGGAGCUGGCCCGCGAGCCGGGCUGCGGCUGCUGCGCCAAGUGCGCCCUCCUGGAGGGCGAGGCCUGCGGCGUGUACACCCAGCGCUGCGCCCACGGGCUGCACUGCUACCCGCGCCCGGGCGCCGAGCUGCCGCUGCAGGCGCUGCUGCAGGGCGCCGCCACCUGCGAGAAGGUGCGCGACCCGGAGGACUCGGACCAGGGCCGAGACUAUAACUACCCUGGGUUUAGGGAAGCGACCAUCGUGGGAGGUGGAGGCGGCGCCGGCCGGAAGGCCUUCAACCCGGGCAUGAAGGAGAUGGCUGUGCUGCGGGAGAAGGUCAACGACCAGCAUCGCCAGAUGGGCAAGGGUGGCAAGCACCCCCCCGGCCCAGAGGACUCCAAGAAGCUCCGGCCUUCGUCUCCCAGGACGCCGUGCCAGCAGGAACUGGACCAGGUGCUGGAGCGUAUCUCCACCAUGCGCCUCCCGGAUGAGCGGGGUCCCCUGGAGCACCUCUACUCCCUGCACAUCCCCAACUGCGACAAGAGCGGCCUGUACAACCUCAAACAGUGCAAGAUGGCCGUGAACGGGCAGCGUGGGGAGUGCUGGUGCGUGGACCCCAACACCGGGAAGCUGCUGCAGGGAUCCCCCACGGUCCGUGGGGACCCGGAGUGUCAGCGCUACUACAACGAGCGGAUGCAGUAA